UAGCAAUUAUCACAUAUUGUCACUAAUUUGUCACUAAUUUGUCACUAAUUGUCACAUAUUGUCACUAAUUUUUCACCAAGUAUCACUAAUCAUCGCCAGUCCCCACUCAUUGUCACUAAUUGUCUAAUUGUACUAUACAAUGCUGCUUAAAAAGUUGUUAAGAGGCUCAUCCUCUAACAAAACCGAUAACCACAGUCUUCACUCUAAAGUAUCUUGGGAAGAUGGUUCGAAACUGUCCUCAACCAGCCCUCAACCACCACAACAUGAAGUUCCUCAAUCAUCCAAUUCUUCAACCCAUAGACUGUUCUUAAAAAAACGAUCGUCUGGAAAUUCAAAUUUAUCUCCCCAAACAUCUUCUGGUUCACUUGCUUCAUUAAUUAAACGAAGUUCGUCUACUUCCAACACAUCUCCAGUUCAAUCAAACAAUACUCACCUUCAUGUUGCACCACCAGUCCAUUCUGCUACAUCUAUGAAGAGUGGUGGAGGUACAGCCUCAUUCUCAUCCGAUUAUUCCAUAAGUGAAGAUCAUCUGAUUGUUCAUGGUAGUCAGACUGUAACACCUAAACGAGUAGAAAGAAGAGGAUCUGCUCAUAGUAAUAAUAGUAGUAAUGGAAAUGGUCAUCAUCAUCAUCAACCUAAUGCAUUAAAGCGAUUCUUUAAGAAAUUGAAACAACCAUCAACUCCUUCUUCAUCUACCGUAAGUCUUAAGGCAUUGGCAGCUGCUAGUUUGGAUACAGAAGUCUCAUCAAGUUCAGCUUUAUAUCAAAAAUAUGGUGCAGUAGGUAAACUACUUGGUGCUGGAGCUAGUGGUUCAGUGAAUCUUGUAGCAUUGAAAUCAGAUCCUACUCAGAUCUUUGCCAUAAAGAAGUUUCGGUCAAGAUUGCCUACUGAGAAUGAAUUAGAUUAUAAGAUUAAAGUUAAGAAUGAGUUUAAGAUUGGUGAAUAUCUCAAUCAUGAGAAUUUAAUUCAUACUAUUGAAUUAAUUAGUGACUACCCUACCAAUGUUACUAAGAAGAAGUCAAAAUCUAUUGAACCUGAUUAUCAUAUCGUAAUGGAAUAUUGUGAGUAUGAUUUCUUUAAUUUAGUCAUGAGUGGAUUAAUGGAAACUAAUGAAGUUGCAUGUUAUUUCAAGCAGAUUGUUAAUGGUGUUCAUUUUCUUCAUGAAAAUGGUUUGGCUCAUCGAGAUUUAAAGCUUGAUAAUUGUGUCGUCAAUGGUAAUGGGAUUCUUAAAUUGAUAGAUUUUGGUUCUGCUGUACAAUUCAGAAAAGUCGUAGACAAAUCAACUGUUCUUGAUUCUACCGAUGAACUUAUUAAUGAUGGCAAAUAUAGAUUAAUUAAGGCUCGAGGUGUAGUUGGAUCUGAUCCUUAUUUAUCACCUGAAGUAUUUGAACCAACUAAUCUAGGCUAUGAUCCAAGAUUAGCCGAUGUUUGGUCUAUUGCCAUUAUAUUCUGUUGUAUGAUAUUACGAAGAUUCCCCUGGAAGAUUCCUAAAUUGAGUGAUGCAUCUUAUCGAUCAUAUUUAGCAUUGGGAAGUUCUGGUGAUUUAACUCAAAGUAUGAAUGAUUUGAAUGUCAAUGGUAAGACAUCAUCUUCGGCCAGUAGUACAACUUCUGUAACUGGUCCUGAUAGAUUAUUACGAUUAUUACCUACUCAUUCAAGAGAUUUAAUCCGUAAUAUGCUUGUAGUAGAUUAUAAAAAAAGAUAUUUAAUGACUGAUGUGGUUGAGCAUGAGUAUUAUAAAUCAAUUGAUCAUUGCCAUAACCUAACUCAUGAUCACUUUGAUGAGGCAGAUGGAAAUGAUGAUGACUUUGAAGAUGCUCAGGAUAGUAGUAUCGAAGAGAAACAAGAACUCGACAUCUACCACAAACCAGUAUACAAGGCUACUAACCAUCAACAUCACUUGAUAUUGGAAGAAGACUUAAAGAAAUUGAAUGCUGAGAAGGAACGAUUGAAGAAAUUGAAAGAAGCAGGAGUAGCUUAAGAAUAAUUGGUCGAAGGAGUUGUUUAUAUAAAUACAUAAUCGAUACGUUUAGAAGUAAGUUCUAAUAGAAAGAAUCCAAAUUUGUAGGCUUAGUGAAGAUGUCUACUCUGUCGAAUAUCUUCUUGUACUUCAACUUUAAUUUCCAAUAUAUCUUUUACUAUUACUUUCUAAUAAUUUUUAAAACUGUGCUGUGCCUGAUUAGAAUGUUGUCUUAGGAAUGUUUCUGUGUAUACUUAGAAAAUGGGAUGCAUGAAGAAAUACGAGUAAGGAUCAUUACAGAGCGAUAGUAUAAGAUAACUGGAGUUUAAGUUGAAGUGGACUAACGUUAUAGAAUAAUAGAAGGUUAGUAUUUUGCCUAAACUAGUAGCGCAUAUCAAGCUGGAUUAAUCAGUUUCAAGAGCUGGGUGAUCAUAGACCU